AAAACAACUCUACAAAUUACUCAUGUCGUCUGCUACUCUCUUAAAAAAGACCUGGUGCCUAAUAAAGUUUUUACAUUAUCCCUUGGAUUUCCAACUUAAGCAUAUUAGAAUGGCCUCAAAAUCUGCUGAAUUGUAUGGAAAUUUUCAUGCAAAAACUGAUAUAUACAAGGGCCUUACUAUCGAAACUCAGAAUUUGUCACUAUCAGAUGAAGAUUUCGAAAAUAAUCUGAAAAAUUCAUUAAUGGAUUGGAUUAAAACAGGUAUUCGAGGAGUAUGGUUCAAAGUAAACAUAGCAAAUUCAUCAUAUGUUCCUAUAUUAGUAAAGCAUGGAUUUCUGUUUCAUCAUGCCAAAACUUCUUAUGUAAUGCUUACUAGAUGGUUACCAGCUGAUGAACCUAAUUUACUUCCUCAAUAUCCAUAUACUCAUAUUGGAGUUGGAGGAAUGGUUAUAAAUGACAAAAAUCAAGUUUUAACAAUACAGGAGAAAUAUCAUCAAACACCUCAUUGGAAGUUGCCAGGUGGUUACAGUAAUCCUGGUGAAGACUUUGGUGACACUGCUAGGAGAGAAGUCUUUGAAGAAACAGGAAUUGAAUCUAAAUUCGUAUCUGUUGUUGCUCUCCGACAUCAUCACAAGCAUAUUUUCAGCUGUAGUGAUAUAUAUAUAGUUUGCCAUUUAAAACCUGUCAAUGAAACUAUCACAAAAAGCAAUGAAGAAAUUGCAAAAUGUGAAUGGAUGGAUAUUGAAACCUACAGGAACCAUCCAGAAGUUACAGAAUUUAAUAGAUUUAUUAUGGACGCUUUUUUAGAGAGUCAGAGACUCAAGACUUCUAUUGCGGCAUCUUCUGUUUUAUCUUUUAGAAAAGAUUGUUAUAACAAAGUCUACCAUGUACAAAGUACAAAUGAUUCCUGAAAAUUGCUCAAGUUUUAGUAAUUUUAAAGUUAUAAUUUGACUGUCUACCUCAGUUAUUAAUACAAUGUGCAAUUCACUUGUUUCUAUUGACAUGCUGUUGCUUUUCAAUAUUAUCUGAACACUAUAAUUUUACUAUAUAAAUAGUUUACAGAUAGUUUUUUGUUGUUGUUAAAAACUUUUACAAACUUUUAAGUUUUAGAAAGAGAUUUUAAAAUCACUCCUGUCUAUAAUGCUGCCAUUCAAAUCAUUCAAACUAUUAAAUAUGAAACUUAAUGCACAUUAUGUUAGCAAUUUUGGAACAAUUAAUAUAUUUGUUGACAAUAUUCAUCAUCACUUUAAAUAUUUGAAUGAAUUCCAUAGCUGUUCCAGUUUUCCAUUAAUUUUAAAUUGCAGUAUGAUCUUCUUACAAAUUCAUCAACCUUUAAGUUACUCACCAAAUGGCUGCCAUCCUGGAUAAUGCCGAAAUAUAUUUAAUUUUCAUUUUGUAAGCUUGGUAGUUAAAAUUUUCAAAAUUAUGAAAUUUGGUCACUUCCAGUUAAAAAAAUUACUCUUUCACUAUGGUAUGAAUAUCUAUUAUCUAUUAAAACUAGUAAGGGAAAUAAGAAAUAUAUUUUUAUUUUAUUUUAUUUUUACAUUUUUAUGGCAAAUGUCAAGCUUUAUGAAUAUUAAUUAAAUAAUUUUUUCGUUAUUGCAUCAGAAACCAUCAGUACAAUCUGUGAUUUAAUAGUUUUAGAUUCUUGAGCUUGAAAGGCUCUUUGUUAUUUGUUGAUUUUUUAAACAAUUUAUUAUUGUUAAAUACUUAUAAAUUGAGAUAUUUUAAUGUAUUGCUCAUA